CCUCCAGGAACGCUGCAGAGAAUGGAGGUGGAGAACAUCACUGUGAAGACACAGUCCCUCCUCUUGGGAUUCAGUGACCACCCAGAACUGCAGAGUGUUCUUUUCGCUGUGUUUUUGUCUAUCUACUCUCUUACCCUGCUGGGGAACCUUGGGAUGGUUUUAUUAAUCACAGUCAGUCCCCCUUUGCACACCCCUAUGUACUUUUUUCUCCGCAUCUUGUCUUUCAUAGAUGCUUGCUACUCCUCAGUCAUUGCUCCCAAGUUGCUUGUGGACUUAGUCUCUGACAAGAAGACCAUUUCUUACAACGGCUGUGCUGCGCAGCUUUACUUCUUCUGCUGUUUGGUGGACACGGAGUCUUUUAUCUUGACUGUCAUGGCUUAUGAUCGGUACAUAGCCAUCUGCAACGCCCUGCUUUACACUGUUAUUAUGUCCAAGAGGAUUUGCCGCCAGCUUGCAAUUGGAGCGUUUUUAGGGGGCACCGUGAGCUCUGUGAUUCACACCACUAACACCUUUCACCUGUCUUUCUGCUCCAAUGAAAUUAACCAUUUCUUUUGUGACAUCUCCCCUCUCUUCUCUCUGUCCUGCACUGACACCUACACCCAUGACGUUGUACUGGCCAUAGUGACCUGGGCUGGUGUCUCAUCCUUGGAGCCUGAUUGGCUUGUGACCGAGGUUGGAGUGUCACGGGGGUUAAGGGAGCUGGGGGCACGUAGCAGGCAGCGUGCCUCCACAAUGGACCAGGAAUGCCUGUUGCCCUCUGCAGAGCCCCCAACCUCCAGAAACAGUGGGAGAAAUUAA